AUGGAGUGCAAAGGAGAGUAUUUCUGCCGUGACUUCAAAGGUGACUCAACAGACUACCACAAAAAAGCGGAUUACCAUCAACCUAUUAUCGAUCAAAAAUUGUACAUUAACAGCAGUUAUAACAGCAACAACAAUAGUAGUAGUAGCAACAGUGCGGAUAAUAAUCAACUACAAUAUAGCUGGGGACCUUUAGGUGGAUUUUAUUUUAUACUCACUGGAAUGAUUUGUUCCUUUAUCACACUGAUGGUAUCGAUCGUUUUAUAUCAAGUUCACAAGAUCGAGAAUGAUGAAUAUCUUCCUCUGAGAAGAACCAAUAUGGACAUGAAUAAUUUUAUUAAUGGAAAUGGUGUUGCUAUAAAGGUGUCAAAAGAUUCUUUGAGUAUGGCAGAGCAAAUGGUUGGUUCCAUACAGGAAAAAGAGUAUGAUUCAUGGUUGGGUAAACGUGAUAGAGAUGAUGAUGAUGAUGAUAAUAAUAAUCAAGAUGGUGGUGGUGGUGAUGACGAUGAUGUAUUCUAUUCACAAUCAUCACAGAAUGAACAACAAGGUGAGGAAGAUGACGACAAUCAAGAAGGUGAUAAAGAUAUCAGAAAUGAAAGAGCACCAAGAGAAGAGUACAAAAAGAAUAAAUUCGAUGCAAAGAGUCAGACUGCAUUUACCACUGGCAAAGGUCAUCGUAUUAGAAUAUCAAUGGAGAAGUUAAACAACGCUGAUAGACUGAUAAACAAUAUCAAAGAAGAUGAUAUAGAUUUAGAUGCUUUUCGUGAUGAUCUAGUACUUUUAGAACAACCUUUAACAAAGAAUACUAAAGAAGAAGACGAAGAACAACAACAAAACAACAACAAUAAUAAUAAUAAAGUAUAG